GCUUCUGAUACUUCGGGGUCCUUUUCUGCUAUCUACCAAGAACUUCGACUUGCACCUUUAAAAGACGUUUCGGUCAAGCAUCGCCUCAAGCCUUCUCCGCAACAGUUCACGGCUGCGCCUCGAUCUCCUGCAAGUCAUGAGCCAUAUGAGAUUCUACUAGUUGACUAUGUUUUAAAGCUGUUGUGCUCGAAUAAUUGUCCGAUAUAUGCUCGCCUUCCCCUGUUUUCGUUUGAUAGCAGUUUGGAUCUCUUGACCGAUAUACCGAUAUCAAGAUGGACAAUUACCUUUUCAAGCAUCACCUAAACCAAUGCUCUUCUGUCACAGAGAAAACGCACUAUUUGCAGAUUCUCAACUAUUCGGAACCAGAAUAUAACAUAUGUGAAGAACAUAGGCUACUGACGGACGAUGACUUUGAUAACUUUCUUCAUCAAACUGGCACCUUUGCUCCUGAUCCAUUGCCAGAAGCGGUAAAGCUACAGGAUGGAAUUCGUUUGAUCGUCCAAAAAAAUGCCCAGCAUGUCAAUACGUUCGCGCCUGAUUACAUAUCCUUGGAGAAGGAUUUUUAUGAAUCGAUGGUGAGAACAUGGCAUCUCCCAUUCCGUGCAAUCGAAGGUAGCAGUCUUGUUGGUCCGUUUUUCUGGUGCUCUCAUGAUCAAAAUGAAAACGAUCGCCAUCUACAAAUCAUCUUUCGAAAAUCUGAUGUGAGAAAGAAGGGAAAAACUCGAGGAUGGGAAAUUAUGCUCUCGUACUCGUAUAGGACCGGUAUCACCUCAGGAUAUGUCAAGGGUACGGAAACUUCAGACAUUGUUGACUCGCUCGAACACCUAGCCGCCUGCCGUGCUGAAGUCGGGCACCCUUUUCUCCUCCCGAUCAUCAUUCUCUCUCACGAUCUCUCAUCUAGGGGUGACAGGAGACAACGUGAGAUUCGUGACUGGCUGAGACGUCUUGAAAAUGCCAUCACUAUGCGUAAUGAAAUCGAUGAAAAAGAAACCUAUGCGGAUUUUGACGUUGACGGGAUCAAUCGAGACCUUGUAGAGUGUCACUCCCAGGUCCUAUGGAAGCGCCCGCAAGCCUACCAGGAGAUUGUCAAAGAAUUCAAGGGAGCAAUGGAUGAUUUCAUAAAAUAUGUUCCAGAACAUGGCAGAAAUUCACCAGCUCUUGCGGCUUUACACGCUAGCAUGAUCGGCAGAUUGGAUUUCUACCGAGUCAAACUCACGGGGAUGGAACAUUACAUUCAUACGACGCUGGAAAGGUUGCAUAUACAGCGGCAAGCUCUGUAUAACAUUAUGGCUCAGAAGGAAUCUAAGCUCAAUCUUGAGAUAGCCUCUCAACAGAGGAGAGUAGCUCACGCGACCAAGCGUGACGGUACCGCGAUGAAGACCUUGUCUCUACUCGGCGCUGUGUUUCUCCCUGGGACAUUUAUGGCCUCUGUCUUUAGCAUGACGUUCUUCGAUUUCAAUGUUGGCCCAAGCGAUGGAGGCUCCGAUGACUCCUCGGGUGAUGGCGCAACAGUUUCAAAGAAGCUUUGGGUAUAUUUUGCCGUCACGAUACCACUGACUGUCAUCAUCCUGCUAUUCUGGUACUACUUGGAUCGGAAGCGCGAGGAACGGUACCUAAAAGAGGACGAAGAGAUCGAGAAGGGUAUCGAGACAAUGGAGAAAGACAUAUUGGCCAUCAUGCGUAGUAAGACAAUCAAAACAGUCACCACAUGGAAUUCUGGGGGUCGCUCGCCAACCUUCUCGUCGUCAAUGCCGGCGAGGCGAGAGAGAAGGAAGGAUACCAGCUUGGAUCAAUUUGAAAUGGUUUGACAUUCACAUAAAUUCAGCACAGCGAGGGAUGCGUGGCCUCAACGGUAUCCCGAUUGAGUCGGUUGAUCAACCUCGCAACCAGGGUCGGUAUCUUUGAUUGCGCAUUCACGAUUUGCACCGAUAGACCUUACGACGCCACGUCAUUUACGACUAUUUAACGAGAGUAUACAUAUUCAUAUACACAAGAACAUACCCAUUUG